AAACGUAACGCACACAAAAGACGACUUUGCUUCAGUCUCACUCAGCGUCUAAUUUUUGUUAUUAAAACGUUAUCAAAGGCCACGGUCUUGUCAAGUAUUGUAAAGGAUGAAGGCAGGCUCUGACAGAUGAGAGGGAGAGCAGUGAGUUUAGUCCAUACACUUCCCCCACUGUUCAGCGUGAUUGCGGCCCGUCUUGAGGGUAACCACGAUGGAUGCUUUGGUCACAGAUGUCCUCUUCUACAUCACAGCUGCCCUCUGCACUUUCCUAGCUAUCCUGGUGUCGUACCACUGGCUGCUCAGGAAGCCCGAGAAAGCUCAAGAGGAAGAGAAGGAAGAAACUGUGAAUGAGAGUAUGGAGCAAGAGGAUGAGGAGGAGACAGCCGAGGAUGAGAAGCCAGAAGCGCCUCUAGUUUGCCCCUUCGGGUUUAGUGCCCCACCCUCUGCCGACAAGAAACAGGAUGACCAGCCCGACAGGAAUCUGGAAGGCAUCGGCAAUCUUCUCAUCGACAGCGCCGAUAUCCAACCCCUGAAUGAGGAGGAGAAGCAGAAGCUUAAGGAGGACAGCACCGGUGCCCUGCCACCUGAUUCCCCCAAGAGCGUAGACCGGCGCAAGGUCAAAGAACUGGAGGAAGAAGUGAUCAAGUCAUUGUCGGAGCAACAGUUGGAGGAAGAGAGGAGGGUUCGCCAAGCUCAACUGGAGGCCAUCUUUAGCCUGAUGCAAGAUAACAAGGAACGCUUCGGUAUGUCCUCCGUGGACGACGUUCAGAACCAGUACAAGCUGUAUGUGUGACACCAACUCGGUUCUCUCAAGUCGGUAUCCAACCCCUGGUAUUGUAUUCAUGAGUUGCGAGUUUGUUCUCAGCUUCAAGUCCAGAUUGCCCAACGUAAACCACCCAGACGCCUUGUACGUAGUUUGACGUGCAGUUCUGUUAAGCCUUAAAGGCCAUUGCUUUACAUAGAGUACCGAAGAGUGACAUCACUGUGAACCAGAAAGUGCAGUGCAAACAAAUGGAGUACCCGCGCAUGUUGGUUCACGCGCUGGUUCUCGCGCUAAUGCCUUUUACACACUAACUGUGCGAGCGACGUAUUCACUUCGGUACUCUAUAGAGCUUGAAGGUCCUACAUUGUCAUAAUUUGGUAAUGUUAUGUCACACUGAACAGUGCUGAAUAUUCAAAGAUUCAGGAGUGUCCUUUGCAUAUAUUCCGAGGGGAUAGGUUUCAUCUUCCAGCGGUACUGGGCACGAUGUGCUUAUUAAAUUGUGAAAAAUUACAUAGAAGUUUUUAUUCUUAUUUAUAUCACCAGAGGGUGAAAUUAGACAGGGAAAAACUGUUCAGACAUUGUUGUCUUAUGAUCUGUCACAUCACAAGGUCACAUGGGAUGUCACACAGUGUCAAAAUUCCUCCACUUAUUCAGAUUCUAAACACCAGAAGUGUCACAGUGUUAGUAUGCCUAUUGGGAAAGAGGACUGGUGAAUACUGAGAUUCAUGAUGUCACAUUCGUUGCUUCUUGUGCACAAUUUGACCAAGCACAUCCUUCUCUCUUUGCACCAAUGAGGUAAAUGGUUGGAAGAUUAUCCGAUGUCUGGCCACAGUCCAACUUUUCAUAUGAAGGCAGCAUGUGUGUUUGCAGUCUGUACUCGAUUGUGCUUUAGAAGUGAAGGGGUUACAGGAAAGGGCUACACUUUCUGAGCUCCGGGCACAUGGCUAUCAAUUGCUUGCCAAUCACUGUACAUGUGGCUACAGAGAGAGCUAUGUGUAUCUGUAGGCCAGCAGUUAGGAAGUUGAGUCCAGCCAUUAGUAAGGUUUCUCAGUGCCAGCAUUUACUUGAAUGCAUACAUUUUACCACCCAUGAGCAUAAUUGGUCAUUCCAACGUUUGGCUUCUUGUUUGCGUACACAUGCAUUUAGCAACCUGACAGCAUCCGCCCCAACUUGAAGUGCACCCCCAAUCGGCAAAAGAAAGACAGAUGGUAGUAAGUUUUCCAAGCGGGUUCUUGCACACAUUCUGUG